AUGUUCGCACCCAUGUCCAAAGGUGGCUCGGAUGACGCAUGGCAAGCGCAGGACAACGCAGGAUCGCUCAAGCCAGGUCGCUUCCGUGCCUACCUUGCGGACCAACUCGCAGGAACGGGAUCAGCGAGUGCCGCUUCAGGAUCUCGUCCAAUACCCUUUCCUCAAGACGCAGGUACUCCCGCUUCAUCCAAGCGCCGAAUUGCGAAACCGUUGACCGGCAAAGGCAAAGCGAAGGAUAAUGAUCGUGGCUUCAUGGCUGGCUUCGAUCAAGCCGAGACGGCGGGGCCCUCCAGCUUGGGGCAGAGACUCGCAACGGGCCUCGGCUUUCGUCAAGGCACCGACAAGCCUAGCAAAGCAGCAGGUGAUCCGGCCACAUUGCGCUCAGCGGGGACGUACGCCACGGCAUCUGCCUUUCCGGCACGCUCGAUCGAUGCACUCCAACCGCGCUCGAUACGAGAAGGAAGCUAUGCAGCAAGAGGUGACUUUCCAAAACCCUCUCAGGGACUGUCAGCGUCACUCGCACCAUCACCGUUUCAGUCACCACCACCUCGUAGACGUAGAGUCACCAGCAUACGUGAUCGCAACUGGGAAAGGGAGCGCGAGAGGGAACGACUCAGACCCAAUCGCAGCUGGCUCAACAACCUCAUUCGACCGCCCAGGGAGAUGGUCGAGGGCUGGCUGGAUAGCUGGUGGCAGCGUUGGUUCGCGCUUGCCGGUCUGCCGAGUCUGGUGGUCUGGAUCUGGUGUGCGGUACCUUUUCCGAAGACAGACCCAUACGAUCCCAAUCUGCCAUGGUGCAGUCCGGGCGAAAGCGGCAGGUCAGGUGAUCCAAACAAUCCGCCCUGGUGCUAUCCCGCCAAUGCCACUGUUGCGAGCGCUACUUCCGCGUCAGCUCCAAUAGCAUACUCGAGCCUUCCAACAGUGGCAGGUUUCGCCUUCAGUCUGGCGAAUGGGCUGCUCUCCAAGUUCUGGUUCACAAGAACACCAUCCUCGGCAACAAAACAGCCCAUCGGCGACAGUGAUCUGAUCGUCGACGCCAACUUCUGGUUCUUCCUGGUGUUCUACUACGGCAUCUACGUCGGUGUUGCUCUCAUCUAUAUCACGCAGCUCUUUGGUCUGUACAGGCUCAACUGGUGGCCAGCUGCACUCGGCGCUAAAACGUCGUACACAUUCUUCUGGAUCGGCAGUCUGGUUGCUGGCUGGGUGCUGCACGAGCUCGACCCGCUUGGCACCGAGACUCGGCAUCGACCUGCACUUGACGGCGCCAAGCCUGCGCACAUCCAGUCCACCGGACAUUUGGGCACAACGUCUCUGUUGUCUCUGCCGAGCGCCGCACAACUUCGUCAAUGGUCCACAGCUGCAACGGCAACUGCGUUAGACAGUAAUCCCACCAUCGACGAUGCGGACAUCCAGUGGCAGCGAAAAACGCUCUGGGUUGGCCUCGCCUUUGCGACCAUGGCGAUGCCUGCUCUCGUCUGCUUCGUCGGUCUCCGUCGCUCUGGCCGUCAGACCUACCGACACAGUCUUACGGACCACCAGAAAACCUUUCUCGAACGCCAACUGAACCGGCGCAUCCCCUCGUCCUACAUCCGCUUCCUCUGGUUCAUGUCGACCAUUGGCCUAUCCCUCUUCGCGCUCAUCGCGGGUCAAGGCUAUGCAUCGGUCUACCUCUCCACCCUCCCGCACACGGGCCUGGACGGCGUAGCGUACGUCUCCUUCUGGACGCUCACCGUAAACGGUCUGGCCCUGGUCUCGCACUGGAUCCUCGAAUCCAAAGUUCGCAGUCGAGCCCUAGUAUUCGCCUUCAAGUACUACUACUUCUUGGUCUACUUUAUCUUCUACCGCAACCUUUUUGCGCGACUUCGGUCGUUUGACCAGUUUGCGCUGGUGCAGCUCUUGUCGUCGUUUUGGAUCUGCAUCUGGUAUCCGCUCAGCAUGUCCAAGACGUGUCAUCGGGUGGUGCAGUAUUUCAAUCCGUCGCCGAGAUCCUGGGAGGAGUAUGUGGAGAGCGUUGGGUUGGCCUUCUACCUCCGAAAUCUGGCGCAGAAUACUACCAUGCUAGCAUUCUUGGGCUGGGUCAGCAUUCUGCAUUUCGGAUCGAACCAACCUCUCUAUCCGUUCUUUGCGUACGAUAACAAACACGAUCCGUACAACUACCAGCUUACGAUGCUCGGGAGUAUGGCGAUCUGGGCCAGCGAGCUGUGCUCCUCGUUCGUUGCCAGACAGAUAUGUUAUUGGGCCUUCAGGGUGGAUGUGACGAACCUGGGAUUGGACGAGAUGAGGGAGUUCCCGGAGCUGCUGACCACCAUCGGCUGGGGAAGCGUACAUACGUUGAUGGACAUGCUGCUGUUCUUGAUCAAGCUGAACUUUCGUUAG